UUGCUUUCAGCUCAUGUGAAUUUUCUCAAACAAAUAAAUAAAAAAUCGUUUGUGCAAAAUACCUUAAAUUUAGAAAGAUGUCGAACCAACAAUGACUGUAUUAGUGGACGAUGUGAAUGGCGCCGUUGUAUUGAGAAGUUUGGAAUAUUAGAGUCUAAUAAAGAGGACAUUGGAGCAUGUUUCUAUGACGGAGACUGCGAUGAAGGUUAUACAUGUGAUACAAAUGUAUGUCGUCUAAGGAGUGGUUUACUUACUUAUGUAGUAAAACCAGAAGGAGCCGGCAGAUGCUUAGUUGAUUUGCACUGCAGCGGAAAUCUCAUAUGCACUCAAGGGGCUUAUUGCGCUGCAUUAACUGAUGCUUACCGUCGGCAAACACUCACUAAUAUAGCUUCAAAUUCUGCUGCAUUCAUUCUUCUAGAUUGUAAUUCACAAAUGUUCACCUGUCCUACGAAAAGUAAACUUUCGGAUUCCUAUUGCGGGGAAAUUACGAAUUACGAGUCCAAAGCAAAGUCAUCUGUUUGCCGCACAAGCACCGUUACAUAUUUAUUUAUGAAUUGUGAUCAGAGAAGAAGGUGUCCAUUUUAUUAUGAAUGUAUAAUCUUUGCUUGUCAUUCACCGAGAUGGGUUACAUGGGAUCUAAAGUGUCGUGUUUCGACGGAUUGCAAUCGAGAAAACUCAAAUGAAUUUAUGUGCCACAAUCUUGUAUGCUUAUAUAGAGACAUUUCUUUAUCUGACUGCUGUCUUUCUAAACUGUCAACUACACUUCUUCAGAUUGCAUACGAUGCAAAUUCGAUGAAUUUUGUAACCUGCAAGACAAAUGUGAACAUGUCCAGCGACAUUCAGGUGAAAGAGAAGUUAAGUAAGAAUGAUGCAGAACAACAUUGCAAGAAUAACAACAUGGUACUGGCUUCUAUACCUGAUAGAGGAACUGAGAAGGAACUUGAAAUUGAUGAUGUUAUGCUGCACUAUUUAGCUUUGCAAGACAAUUGGAUCCAACUUUUAGGGGGCAAAAACAUGUCAGAUGAGAGAGAAUUUGUCUUUCCUCGACAGUACGGAUCAACUAUGAUAAAACGAGGAUAUCUUGCUACCAGUGCUACUAAACAUAAAGGUCAGAAAUGUCAAACAUUUUUCACUUACUAUAAUGGCAAUUGCUACAUUGCGUAUUUGUUUAAGGGCUUUUCAAACUACAUGCCACGUUUUGCGAUCCGUUCUAUAUGCCAUAUAUUGGAUAGCGAGAUGAUUGAUAUCAGAAACGAGGAAGAAGCAUUGAUAGCUUAUGGAAUGGCUGGGGGCAGAUCAUUCUGGUUGGGUUUGAAGAAAGAGAAAGGUGAGUGGUACUGGAAUAUCGGUGACAAUCAUGAUCCAGCUAUCUAUUUCUUCUGGACACCAGGUGAACCAAGGAUUUCCGAAGACAAAAAUUGUGCUUUCUCUCCAAAUGCAGGCGAGUGGAAAGCCACCGACUGCUCGUCUAACAAGAAAGUGCAGGCAUACGUUUGCAAAAGUAAGUCCUAA